UCCCUUUCUCAGACACUUGCACGCUGCUCGAGACCAACCGCGUUGCCCUAAUUUCGACGCCUAGCCGCCGCCGCUCUCAUGGACGAGGACUUCGAUCUCCCUGUCGACGAGGAGAUUCCGGACGAUGGUAUGAUGGACCUCCCCGAUGACGAGAGCCCGACGCUCGACGUGGGCGAGGAGAAAGAGAUCGGGAAGCAGGGGCUCAAGAAGAAACUCGUGAAGAAGGGAGAUGGGUGGGAGACUCCCGAAGUAGGAGAUGAGGUUGAAGUGCACUACACCGGAACUCUGCUUGAUGGCACGAAGUUCGAUUCAAGCCGUGAUAGCGGGACGCCGUUCAAGUUCAAGCUUGGUCAAGGCCAAGUCAUCAAGGGAUGGGAUCAAGGUAUAAAAACUAUGAAGAAGGGUGAAAAUGCCAUCUUCACCAUACCUCCAGAACUGGCUUAUGGAGAAUCUGGUUCUCCUCCAACUAUCCCACCCAAUGCCAUUCUUCAAUUUGAUGUUGAGCUGCUGUCAUGGUCUAGCGUUAAGGAUAUAUGCAAAGAUGGCGGUAUAAUCAAGAAAAUCCUGAAGGCAGGAGAAAAAUGGGAGAAUCCCAAAGAUCUGGACGAAGUGCUUGUCAAAUAUGAAGCACGCCUUGAGGACGGGACUGUGAUCUCAAAGUCAGAGGCAGUAGAGUUUACUGUUAAAGAUGGUUUCUUUUGUCCUGCAUUAUCUAAAGCUGUAAAGACGAUGAAGAAGGCCGAAGAGGUGCUUCUCACAGUGAGACCACAAUAUGCAUUUGGUGAGAAGGGCAGACCAAGUUCUGGUACUGAUGGAGCUGUGCCACCAAAUUCAAGUCUCUUUGUGGAGCUUGAGUUGGUUUCUUGGAAGACAGUUACAGAGAUAGGGGAUGAUCAAAAGAUAAUUAAGAAGAUUCUUAAAGAAGGAGAAGGUUAUGAUCGACCAAAGGAAGGAGCAGUCGCGACAGUGAAAUUUAUUGGAAAACUACAAGAUGGGACAGUUUUUGUGAAGAAGGGUUAUGAUGAAGAGGAACCAUUUGAAUUCAAGACCGAUGAAGAGCAAGUUAUCGAGGGUCUUGACCUAGCAGUGGCAACUAUGAAGAAGGGAGAAAUCGCUUUGGUAACUAUACCACCUGAGUAUGCAUUCUUGUCCACUGAGUCAAAGCAGGACCUCGCCGUUGUUCCUCCUAACUCCACUGUUAUUUAUGAGGUCGAGCUUGUAUCGUUUGUGAAGGAGAAAGAGUCAUGGGACAUGAACACUGAAGAGAAGAUUGAAGCAGCUGCUAAGAAAAAAGAAGAGGGAAAUGCACUCUUCAAAUUGGGAAAAUAUGCUAGAGCUUCCAAGAGAUAUGAAAAGGGUGAAAAGUUUGUUGAGCAUGAUAGCUCAUUCGGUGACGAUGAAAAGAAACAAUCUAGAGCUUUAAAAGCAGCAUGCAAUCUCAAUAAUGCAGCAUGUAAAUUGAAGCUUAAAAACUACAAAGAGGCAGAAAAGCUUUGUUCUAAGGUACUGGAGUUGGAAAGCAGAAAUGUUAAGGCCCUGUAUAGGAGGGCCCAAGCUUAUAUUCAGCUUGCUGAUUUAGAUCUUGCAGAGUUGGACAUCAAGAAGGCACUUGAAAUUGAUCCUGAGAACAGGGAUGUGAAAAUUGAGUACAAAGCUUUGAAGGAGAAGGUUAGAGAAUAUAACAAGAAGGAAGCCAAGUUUUACGGCAACAUAUUCGCCAAAAUGAGCAAAUAGGUGUAAGCGGAAGCUGACCCACCACCAGCAAUUGUCCUCAAAUGCCAACUAAUUUACGCCCAUCUCUUUUUGGUGGUGAUACACGCUGUUGGAAACUAAAGAGCUUUUAAGAUGUUAUCAAUGGCAACCUUAAUCUUCUUUGUCGGUUGUUCUGUCAUUAGGAGUCUUCUAAGUUGAUGUUAUGAACUUUUAUGUACCUGAAUGGUAUUAAUAGCUCAACUCUUGAAAGACUUAAAUAUCUUAAUGGUUCAUAAUGAGAUUCAGUGGCUUUUCAAUUCGAA